AUGUGUAAGCAACCUAAAUGUGUAUACAACCUAAAUGUGCAUGAUUCAUACACUAUUGAAGCCGCUGGAACUCCACCACUCGCCUACAUUAUCGCUCAGUGCAACCACGUCUCCGUUACUGUGAAGCUCCGCCGUCGUCAGCUGCUGCUUCCUCUUGACCCCUCAUCGAACUCAUCGGAGCAGCAAGAAAACGAAGCAGUCGGAGCUACCGUCGACCACCAUUACAUCCCACCACCACUGCAGUCCGCCACCAUCGCCUUGCUGCCAUUGGUAAGUCUGUUCAAGUUUCUUUUGGGUUUAAAGUCGUCCCACCGGAUACCUGCAUCUGGAUCUGUGGGCGGUGACAGGUGGUGGUGGGGACUGCCCACCACAGCAACGGCGGCGAGUAGUGGUAGCACAGCAGCUUCGUUGCUUCCGUCUUCCCAAUACAAGGGUGAUCGAAGAGGAAAAAGGGAGCAAGGAUUGGGGUUUGUUUGGGGUUGCUCAGAUCAACAGAAAAGAAAAAGAAAUGGGGUGAGGCUGGAAUGGUUCUAUGGUGGGCGGAGAUGUAGCGGUUCACGGUGGAGUUUGGUGGUCGAAUGGAGGCUAGCAGGUGGUGCGGUGGCUAUCUCCAGAUUGCCGGAUGUAGCAGCCCCUUCUUGCUCGUUGAAAUCGGGAACGAAAGAAAGAAAUGGCAAAGACGCCGUCGCAGACUCGGCUGUCAAAGAGGACGACAAUAACGCCGGAUCCACCGUCCCCAACAGACCGCGUACCCCAAAACCGCGUACACCGUCUCCUGCCGUAGGCAACGGUACCAACGGGAGGUCUAGCACCAAUACUCCGAGUCAUUCUUUCACCGGAAGCCCAUGGCACAGUACGUACCCCGCGGGGGUACCCCCGACGCCAUCACCGGCGAGGACGCCGAGGCGGAUGUUCAAGUGGCCUUUCCCACCUCCGUCUCCGGCGAAGCCGAUCAUGUCGGCGAUUAUGAAACGGCAGGGUAACGGAAAGGGAAAAGGGAACACGGCAGCGACGGGAACGAUACCGGAAGAUGAAGGCGGAGAGGGAGAACGAGCGUUGGAUAAGAGUUUCGGGUACCAGAGGAAUUUCGGGUCAAAGUAUGAGUUGGGGAAGGAGAUCGGAAGAGGGCAUUUCGGGCAUACUUGUUGGGCAAAGGGCAAAAAGGGAGCUCUCAAGAAUCAACCCGUUGCUGUAAAAAUCAUUUCAAAAGCUAAGAUGACAACAGCCAUAUCAAUUGAAGAUGUACGUAGGGAGGUAAAGUUAUUAAAGGGCUUAUCUGGACAUCAACACAUGGUCCAGUUCCAUGAUGCAUUUGAAGAUGAUCAGAACGUGUACAUAGUUAUGGAGCUGUGUGAAGGGGGAGAACUCCUUGACCGGAUUUUAUCCAGAGGUGGAAGAUAUACAGAAAAUGAUGCUAAAUCCAUAGUUGUACAAAUCUUGAGUGUAGCAUCCUUUUGUCAUCUUCAAGGUGUAGUGCAUCGUGACUUAAAGCCAGAGAACUUUCUAUUUAGCACAAGAGAGGAAGAUUCGGCAUUAAAGGUUAUAGAUUUCGGUUUGUCUGAUUAUGCAAGACCAGACCUACGGCUGAAUGAUAUUGUUGGAAGCGCCCGACCCUUUUUUGCUAGAACUGAAUCCGGAAUCUUCCGAUCCGUUUUAAGAGCUGAUCCUAAUCUUAAUGACUCACCUUGGCCUUCUGUAACCCUAGAAGCCAAAGAUUUUGUCAAAAGACUUCUCAAUAAAGAUCAUAGAAAAAGAAUGACAGCCUCACAAGCCUUAACUCACCCGUGGCUAAGAGAUGAAAAUCGUGCAAUUCCUCUAGACAUUUUGAUUUAUAAAUUAGUGAAAACAUAUCUUCGGGCCUCGCCUUUAAAGCGCGCAGCACUUAAGGCUCUCUCGAAAGCUUUGACCGAAGAUGAGCUUGUUUACUUAAGGGCUCAGUUUGAGUUAUUGGAACCGAAAGAUGGGUGUGUUUCUCUCGACAAUUUUAGAAUGGCUCUGGUGAAACAUUCGACUGCUGCCAUGAAAGAAUCGCGGGUUCUUGAUAUCUUGGAUGCCAUGAAGCCACUUUCUUAUACACGAAUGGGAUUUGAAGAGUUUUGUGCUGCUGCAAUUAGCCCACAUCAACUUGAAGCUCUUGAGAAUUGGGAGAUGAUUGCAAGUACAGCUUUCGACUAUUUCGAACUAGAAGGAAACCGUGUCAUUUCAGUAGAUGCAUUAGCACAGGAAAUGAAUGUGGGCCCAUCAGCACACGCGAUACUGAAAGAUUGGAUAAGAAAUACGGAUGGGAAACUUAACUUUCUUGGAUAUACCAAGCUUUUGCAUGGUUUGACUAUUCGUAGUUCAAACACAAGGCAUCAUUAAUAAUAAAAAGAUGGAUUUAUUAACUAGGUGAUUCUUGUUUGUUUAUUCUUAAUUUGUUUCUUCUGAUUGAUGCAUAAACAACAAAAUGGGCUGCAAUGGUUACAUGUAUCACACCCUUACAUGAUGGGGGAAAGAACGAUAAAGAUAGGGCAGAUAGAUAUAUAUGCCCAUGAGAUGACUGAUGGCAUGUUGGUAAUUUUUGUGUUUUUGUCAAAUUUGAUUUAUUGUGAAUUGGUGUUUAAAGAAAUUGUAAAGGUCAACUUGUUAUUAUUUUUUUUUUGUUACAGAUUAAGUACUUAUUUUAUCA